AUGUCCACCCACGUCGCCAUCAUCGGCGCCGGCCUCUCCGGCCUGGCCCUAGCCCUCUCCCUGCACCAACAAUCCAUCCCCUGCACUCUCUACGAGGCCCGCUCCGCUCCACUGAACAUCGGCGGAGCCAUCAUGCUCUCCCCCAACGCCCUCCGCAUCCUCGACACCCUAGGCGUUUACUCCCGGAUCCGCUCGGAAGCCUACGACUUCGACCACCUCUACUUCCGCUCUCCCGCCGACACUCCCCUGGACACAUACGAGUUCGGCGGCGCCGCCAAAUACGGCUACAGCGGGAUGCGCAUCUACCGCCACGUGCUGAUCCGGGAACUCUCCGCCAUGGUAGCGGAAGCCGGUGUGCCCAUCCACUACCACAAGAAAUUCAGCCGGGUGAUCACGGAGACCGAAUCAUCCAUCACCUGGGAAUUCGAAGACGGGACCACCGAGACAGCUACCUGUCUCGUCGGCGCCGACGGCAUCCACUCCAAGGUGCGGAAGUACCUGUACCCUGAGCUGGAACCGAAGUUCAUGAGCGCCAUGGCCGUCACGGCCGCCGUGCCGACGGCUCAACUCGCCGUUCCGGAGGGGUACAACAUGCCAGUGACGAUCAUGAACAAGACGCACGGCGCGUUCGUGAUCGCGCCGCAGCUACGGGAUGGAUCCGAGGUGUUGAUUGGACGACAGAAGCGGUCCGCGCAGCUCGACCGGGAGGGAUGGAAUAAGCUGAUGAACGACAAGGACUGGUGUGUGGAUUUCCUGCGCGAGGGAGCGGACGAGUUCCCUGAGAUUGUGCAGCGGGCUCUGUCGGAUAUCUCGGCGGAGAAGAUCAACCUGUGGCCGUUUUAUAUGGUUCCGAAGUUGGACAAGUGGAGUUCGGAGCACUCGAGGGUGGUGAUUCUGGGUGAUGCGGCACAUGCGAUUCCGCCGUCUGCUGGGCAGGGGAUUAAUCAGGCGUUUGAGGAUGUGUAUACUUAUGCGUUGAUUCUGGCGAAGUGUGAGAAGGCUGGGUUGGAGCGGGCGCUGAAGAUUUGGCAGCAGGGGAGACAGGAGAGGGUGGAUAAGGUGUUGGCGUUGAAUGCGCGGAUUGAUAAGCGGAGGAUGCCGAAGCCUGCUGGGGGUGAGGAGAAGGAGGCUGAGGAUGAGAAGCCGUUUGAGUUGGGGUGGUUGUAUAAGCCGGACUUUGGGGCUAUGGUGGAGGAGUGGUUGGCGAGGGAAUGA